UCUCCCCUCUCUCUAUCUCUCCCCCUCUCUCUCUCUCUCUCUGCAGGUGUUGGUUGCGGUUGGACACAUAUUUUAUAUGGAGCUUCAUAGGCCCUGCCACGCUCAUAAUAAUGCUGAACGUGAUCUUCCUGGGUAUCGCCCUCUAUAAGAUGUUCCACCAUACAGCUAUCCUCAAACCAGACUCUGGAUGCCUGGACAACAUCAAAUCGUGGGUGAUUGGUGCCAUAGCUCUCCUCUGCCUGUUGGGUCUGACCUGGGCGUUUGGUCUGAUGUAUAUCAAUGAGAGUACAGUGAUCAUGGCCUACCUGUUCACCGUCUUCAACUCCCUACAGGGCAUGUUUAUAUUCAUCUUCCACUGCAUACUACAGAAGAAGGUGCGUAAGGAGUAUGGGAAGUGUUUGCGUACCCACUGCUGCAGUGGUAAGAGUGUAGAGACCUCCAUCUCGUCCUCUGGAAAGAACCACACCACGUCUCGAACGCCAGGACGAUACUCCACGGGGUCACAGGUCAUCUUGCCUGCCUGUACACCUGGACGGUACUCUACAGAAGACUCCCAGAGUCGUAUCAGGAGGAUGUGGAAUGAUACAGUGAGGAAACAGGAGUCAUCCUUUAUGACAGGAGACAUCAACAGUUCAGCCACACUCAACAGAGGAGCGAUGGCUAAUCAUCUGUUAACUAAUACUCUCCUUCAUCCCCAUGGUUCUAACCAUCCUUAUAACUCUCUGCUGGGGGAUGCCAACCACCAAACAGUCUGUAACAACCCCAACGUGGCUGGCAUGUACAACACACAAGCCCCCUACAGAGACACAAAGGGAAUCCUGAACAACGCGCGAGACUCCAGCGUCAUGGAUACGCUCCCUCUCAACGGUAACCACGGCAACAACUACAGCGUGGCGAGCGGCGACUACCUUAGCGACAGCGUUCAGAUUCUAGAACGCGGCGGCGUCAGCGGUUACAGUACCUACGGCAACCACAAGGAGACAACAUUAGAAAAGCAGAUCCUGAAAGAGUUAACUUCCAACUACACCCCUUCGUAUUUGAACAACCACCAACGGUCGGCGACCACUGAACGCAACCACAACCUGAUGAAUAAGAUGGUCAACAUCGGUAAUGGCACCGGUAACCUGGGCGGCCUGGUCGGUAACAGCAGUAACGGAAUCGGAAUUGGUGGCGUAGUCGGCGGCGGGAGUAACCAUGACUACGACUUGAGUAACGACGGUGUCGACGUUAGUCACAUGGUGCUGGAUAACCCCAACGCUGCCUUCCCAUUGGAUGAGAAUUUGGGAUUGGAGAUUAUAAGGGAGGAGUCAAACGCCCCACUCCUCCCACCCCGCCCCCUGCCUCCCCCAGACAGCCUCCCCCACCCUCACCCUCCUCCCCCGCCCCCCCAUAACUUCUCCCGCCCCCGGCGCAUCCCCCAGGAGACCAGCGAGAGCUUCUUCCCCCUCCUGACCAAUGAGCAGACAGACGAGACGCCGCAAUCACCCAAUCACAGAAACUCUCUGUACACCUCCAUGCCCGUGUUAACAGAUUUACCGGAUGGCCACGGUAGUCACGGGCAGAUGAACGGUUUAGCGGACGGUGAGAUGGACGACAGCGGGGAGAUUCAGGCCGGUAACAGCAGCACUGGGAGCGGACCGGGGCCAGAGGCGGAUGAUGUUUAUUAUAAGAGCAUGCCAAACCUGGGGUCCAGGAACCACCUCCACCAGCUCCACCAUUACUACCAGAUGGGGCGGGGGGGCAGCGACGGCUACAUGGUGCCUGUCAACAAGGAGGAUUCUGAUUCGUCGCCCGAGGAGCCCCUGACCCCCGUUGACCCCUCCCACCUGGUCACGAGCCUAUAGACCAAUGAGAAGACUCUAAACCCCUUAUUUUCCGGGCCCCACCUUCUUUUUUAGUCCCAACUCCCAGAAUAGUUAUAUGUUGAUGAUUGAUUGACAGUUGGCGCUGACCAAUGAAGGCCUGGUUGAACGGACUCACUUCCUGAUUCUUUCCUGUGGUUAGUGGCAAUAGGGAUGAUACUGAGCUAUCAUUGGCCGGAAGGGAGAUGAGAGAGGAGAAUUCGAUUGGAUAGAGAUGGAUUGUAUUUAGACCAGAAUGAACUAAACUGGGUGGCUCGAAACUAAGACCGUUUUUUGUGAAUAUUCUUCAGGAAUGGAAAUAUGAACUAGUACCUGAAGGAGGGGGAAUGGAGGGAAGGAUCUGUCAGUUCACCUGUCUUGAUAGAUUCCCCUGGAUCGUAGCCCAGAUAAAUCCUACCAUGGACCUGUAGCAGAUCCUAACUUAGUCUUUUUCACUGUCAAAAACAUCAGGCUACUCUUCCAAGCCCUGGACACUGGUCAAAAUAAUCUAGCCAAUCACCAGGCUUCUCCUUGUUCUUCUACUACCUGACCUGCCAAUCAGUAGAGUAUGUAUGAUAAACCCCGCCCCCUCACAUUACUAUUUUAUUAGACGUUAUUCUAAACACUGUAACCAUGGCUACAGAUGACAGGGUAGUUAGAGGAAGUCUUCCUCCUGUCUGAUGAACUGAACUGAAACGGAUGGUGAAAACCUUUUUUUUACUGGACUGUCAUGUUACAUUCCUGUUCCUGCAAGGUGUACAGACUCAACUGAACUUUACUGUUGGAUGUUGGAGUGGUUCCCUAAGUAUGAACUAGACAAAGAUGAAGGAUUCAAAUGGACUGAAACAGACGCAUUUCUGACCCCCGGGGGGAACGUUUUAUUUCUGCUCGUUUUUUUAUUUUCUUCUGUAACCAUGGCUACAGAUGACAGGGUAGUGAGAGGAUUUCUAUGUGUUGUACAGAAUAUAGAUAGUGUUGCGUUAUGUCUGACUGGAUAGCUUCAUGUUUCUGCUUUUAUUUGAACCUCUGGGACUGUAAUAGUGAAGACGUGUUGUCCUGUCCUGCUGGUGUAACACCUGUUCAACCACACUAGUUACAGGUUCUCACUGCUUCUUACCAACAAAAUAUACACACACACACACACACACACUUCAUCCUGGGUCGUUUUCUAUCUCGAAGCAUCUCCAUCACUUCUAUUUUGAGAAACCAAUCGUAUCUAUAUAUUUUUUAUGUCUGUGUAGAUUUGCGAACCAACGGGGGACAAAGUGAUAUAUGGCAAAGGCAUGUGGGGGACUUCAGACGGUUACUAUGGAAACCAGAGAUUCUGUAUAGAUGGAACACCCCCCCCCCCCACACACACACACACACUCUCCAUAGCUCCUGUUGACGCAAACCAAACAACACAGAGGAAGCCUGUAUAUUGAGUUGAAACGUAAUGGGGGAAGUUCACCCUCAGAUAGCGUGGGAUAUGGGUUGAACUUUUGACAUGAAAACAUCUGAGAAAACAUCUGGGGGAAAAACAUGUGAGAAGCGUUGGCUUUGGGUUGAGCCAUCUCGUCUAAAGGGAAAUGCCACUAUUCCUAUAUAAGGUGGGUCCCUGUCUGUGAGAGGACAUGAUUCUAUAGUGGAGAUGAAACUACACUGUCCCAAUGUGGAGACAGAAAUAAUGUUUCACUUAUUUAAGAGGCGAGCUUUCUGAAGUGUAGCUUGAACAUGUAUAUCCCACGGACUGUACCCCCGAUGACAAGAGAGCCAGAGAGAUAUGGUUUAUUUAUCUGUUUACGGGUUUAUAAAGGCUGCGUACCAAAUGGCAACCUAUUCCCUUUAUAGUGCACAUCAUUUAUUAGGGCACUAAUCAAAAGUAGGUCACUAUGAAGGGAAUAGACUGCCGAUUGGAACCUAUCCAGAGAGAAACAAAAAAACUCUGAAAGAAGAAGUUGUGAUUUCAGGGCAGAGAGAGAGAGAGAGAGAGGAGAGAGAGAGAGAGAGAGAGAGAGAGGGAGAGAGAGAGGGAGAAAGAGAGAG